AUGAACAUGAGCGGAGGCAUCGCUUGCCGGAAGAAUCUCAGACGGGAACCUCUUCUUAGCUCUCAACUGUCGCGUGAUGAUAUUUGGGACGAUACUUGGGAGGCUGUACAUCCUGAAACUACCAAUACCGGGCCUGAAACUACCAAUGCCGGGCCUGAAACUAUCAAUACCGGACCUGAAACUACCAAUACCGGGGUUAAAACUACUAAUACCGAGCCUGAAACUACCAAUACCGGGCCUGAAACUACCAAUACCGGGGUUAAAACUACUAAUACCGAGCCUGAAACUACCAAUACCGGGGUUAAAACUACCAAUACCGGGCCUGAAACUACCAAUGCCGGGCCUGAAACUAUCAAUACCGGACCUGAAACUACCAAUACCGGGGUUAAAACUACUAAUACCGAGCCUGAAACUACCAAUACCGGGGUUAAAACUACUAAUACCGAGCCUGAAACUACCAAUACCGGGCCUGAAACUACCAAUGCCGGGCCUGAAACUAACAAUAUCGGACCUGAAACUACCAAUACCGGGCCUGAAACUACCAAUGCCGGGCCUGAAACUACCAAUAUCGGACCUGAAACUACCAAUACCAGGGUUGAAACUACCAAUACCGGGCCCUGA